GCAGGCGCCGUGCGGUGCUCGGGGCUAGCACCGUUUCCUCUGUCAGGGCCGCGUCUGCAGAGACAACUGAACGGAGGCCUGCCUGCUCCUUCCAGCCUGCGACGGCUUCCGUUCCGAGCUGGUCCCUAGAUAAGGAUAUCGCCGGGACACGCUCCCUGCGCGCCCUCUGUCACCCCCUCCUGUUAACCCUUCCCCGGCUCGGUUAUUGUAGCGGCAGACGUCUCGGUCAGUGGUCCCUGUGCGGCUGUACUCCUCCGGAGCCCCGGCUCUGCAUGCACUGUCCGCAGCAGCCAGCUUCUGCAUGCGGCAGGGCUCCCCGUGGCACCCUCUGACCCCAUCGUAGUGGGCACCCUCUCCCCAUCUCUCUGUGGUCUGCCGUCCUGCCUCGCCCCCCACUGCUCCUCCACACGUCGCCCCAAUUCAAUGGGAGGUCCUGGACAUCUGCACCUCCAGGUCUGAUGAUACUCUGCAGAAUACCGUCCCUCUGAGUCUCUUUUACAAAGGCUACUCCCAAAAUGUCUGUGGUGCAGACACCCUGGCAAGCCGGUACAGAAUGUGUCGCUAACUAUGACUUCCAGAGGAGAACAGAACAGGAUCUUGCAUUUACGAAAGGAGAAGUCUUGACAAUUGUGGCUGUGACCAGGGAUCCCAACUGGUACAAAGCAAAGAACAAAGUUGGCCAGGUUGGCUUUAUACCUGCCAACUAUGUACAGAAGAGGCAAGGAGUAAAAGCUGGAACAAAGCUUAGUCUAAUGCCAUGGUUUCAUGGUAAAAUCACGAGAGAGCAGGCUGAGCGAUUGUUAUACCCUCCAGAAACGGGCCUGUUUCUUGUGCGAGAGAGCACAAACUAUCCCGGGGACUACACACUGUGUGUGAGCUGUGAGGGUAAAGUGGAGCAUUAUCGAAUUAUCUACAAAACGGGCAAGCUGACGAUUGAUGAAGAGGCAUACUUUGAUAACCUCAUGCAGCUGGUGGAGCACUACACUAAUGAUGCGGACGGCCUCUGCACCAGCUUAAUGAAGCCUAAAUUGAUGGAGGGAACAGUGGCUGCUCAGGACGAGUUCUCUAGAAGUGGUUGGGCACUGAAGAUGAAAGACCUGACGCUUUUGCAGUCCAUUGGGAAAGGAGAAUUUGGAGAUGUCAUGCUGGGUGACUACAGGGGAUCAAAGGUAGCUGUGAAAUGUAUCAAGAAUGAUGCAACAGCACAAGCAUUUGUUGCAGAAGCUUUGGUGAUGACGCAAUUGCGACACAAGAAUCUGGUUCAGUUACUGGGAGUGAUUGUUGAAGACAAGAGCAGCCUGUUUAUUGUUACAGAGUUCAUGGCAAAGGGCAGCUUAGUAGACUAUCUAAGAUCUCGAGGAAGAACGGUGCUGUUAGGUGAAUGUUUACUAAAGUUUUCUUUAGAUGUGUCUGAAGGUAUGGAGUAUCUAGAAGCCAAUAACUUUGUGCACAGAGAUCUAGCUGCACGUAACGUAUUAGUUUCAGAAGACAAUAUUGCCAAAGUCAGUGAUUUUGGACUCACAAAAGAAGCAUCUGCAAUACAGGACACCAGCAAACUGCCUGUGAAAUGGACAGCACCAGAAGCUCUGCGAGAGAAGCUUUUUUCAACAAAGUCUGAUGUAUGGAGUUUUGGAAUUUUGCUAUGGGAAAUCUACUCGUUUGGGCGAGUGCCUUAUCCGCGCAUUGCCCUAAAAGAUGUCGUCCCUCGGGUGGAGAGAGGAUACAAGAUGGAUGCACCAGAUGGUUGCCCCGCCGUUGUGUACGAGGUGAUGAAACAGUGUUGGCAUGUAGACCCCAACCAACGACCAUCUUUCAGGAAACUACGGGAACAGCUAGAGCAUAUCAAAGCCAAGGAGCUGUACUAGUGAAGGCAAUGAGGCCACAUGUCAAAACAGACCCAGAGACAGUGACUCGGCCAUAUCAGAAUUGUGGGUAUGGGCACAAAUAGGACUUCUGGGCUCUCCAAACUUCCCUGCCUUGCACUACCUACCACUCAUUUUUGCCCAAAAACAGGCUGAAGAGCCCCACUGGUCUGUGGAACGAUUCUGAAGUUCUCCCCCCCAAAAAAUGGUUUUGUUGUCACAUUUUACAUCUCCUGCCACGAGUGGAAGUUUUCUGAUACGUAAGCAUCCCUCCAAGACUUGGUUUUAUGCUCUUGAACAGAAGAUUAUAUGGCCAGUCUACAGGAGAGCUAGAGACCAACACUGAAAAUCCGUUUUGAAUUCUAGUUCUGCUUUGUCUUUCUGUCAUUUUUUUUAGAUAGACGUUACUUACUGAAAAAUCAUCAGUGACCAGGGGCAUCAUUGCAACAUACAAUCAGCAAUGGGUACUUUUGAAGUCCUUUUAAAAUAUAAAGCAAAUAAUGAUGCAUGCUUCAGACCAGGAACAACAUUUCUGAUUCUUCUCUGCCUUAUUUACUGGGUUAACUAUAAACUGACAUACUGGGCUAAAAAGAGACCUAUGCUCGAAAGCAAAACUCUGGUGGUUUACCAUUCAAGAUGGCUUUUUAACUCCUGUUCUUGCAAACCUUUCAAUGGAACGUGUCAUAAACCAAGUGGAAUAUACCUCCCUUUACACAUUCUGUAUUAUAGUCCUCCAGGACCUGACUAUUUUCUCCAAACCCAAUGUGAUCAACCUAUAGACUAUACAUAGGAGCGCAGACAUCUCAUUAGGGAGUACAUACGGUAUUACCAUUAUCAUUUCAUGGAGGGCGAUGCAAGCAAUAUAAGAGCAGUCAUAACCUGCUACAGUUUUAGGGUUUGUGUAACCUAAUCACUGCCAGUGCAGGUGGCAUCACAUUUAUUUUUUGCACCUUACGCAGAGCAGUGACUGCUGGGAUAUUCCUUGGUCCUCCUGCAAUUUGGCCCUUGUCUGACUGUUAUAUUUUAUUGGUUGUGGUACAGUUAUCAAAUUUUGCAACCCCAAAAAAUUAUUGGCAGGCUCCAAUAAUUACGGUAUUUCUUUGGGGUCAUAAUUUCAGUGAUGGAUUCCCUUCAUUCAUUUUGGCCUAUACAUAUUAAUGUUAGUAGCAGAUUUAUAAUAAAAUAAGAUUUUGUUGCCUGCAGGAACCAAUCACGACACAGCUUUUAUUUCAUACAUUACCCAUGAAAAAUAAAAAGCUGCUCUAUGAUUGGCUGCUUUGGUCUUCAUAGACAGUUUUCAUAAUUCUUCUCCAAUCGUUCGGAUCAUUGUGAUGAUCUGAAUAAUAAAACCUUUUUUUUAACUAUAAGAUCCAUAGCCAGAUGCCAAUGGGAUUUACAAUGACAAUGGUAAUACGGCAUGAUACGCAAUAUUUUAUCUUAUAAAAUAGCCCAGCUCAGCUUGUCUCCAUGUCUGUCUGUUGCAGAGAAGAGAUUCCAAAGAAACGCGCAUGAAUCUUGACCUUCUGAAGGCUUGACCGCUCAGUCCUGUUCACUUUAGCCAGUAUCUAAAUUCAGUCAAGUUAGCAGUUUAUACUUUUGUGAUCCAUACAGUAAUUUUGAAUUUUCAAGCUUGCUCAGGGAAAGGGUAGAUGAAAUCCAAAAUCUGCAGCUGGUUUAGAAGAUGUUGGUAGCAUAGCAGAGACAACUCAGUCCAUUUUCCCCUCCCAGUGUCCUUUAUGUUUCUCACAUUUUUAUAAAAAAUUAAAAAGGAUUUAUAAAAAGGUAACUGUUGUGCUGACUAUGAGCCUUAUAGAAGUAUUAAUGGCCUAGAAAAUGUUCUGCCUUCUUCAAAAGAAAAGAUGAUACUGUAAGUCAAGAUUUAAUAAGAAACGACACAUUUGCAUGCCUUUUUUUGAAAACUGCCUUGUACUUUGAAAUGGCCAGGCACCCCUAUGAGUUAGCACAACAGUAGAGAACAUGGGGUAUACUUGUACCUGCAGUAUAUGCCCCCGUAGGCUCUGUUCACACUAGCAUCAUGACCCCUCUCCAUAAGGCCUCAUGCACACGACCGUGCCUUUUUUGCGGUCCGCAAAAAACGGAAGCUGUCCGUGUGCCUUCCGCAAUUUACGGAACGGGCG